AUCUGAAAAGGAUGAGGAUGACGUCAUCGACGACUUCCCUUCAAGCAAACCAAGAAAUGCCACAAACUCGAGCAAUCUCAGCACAAGAGCACCAUGAUACGCAACACUCAACUUGCCAUCUUAUUGGCACUGCUACUACUUGUGUGUCCAAAGUCCUUUGGAUUCACCCUGCCUGUUUCAACCGUCCACCAUGCCAGCCUUUCGACGACAAGGCUUCGAAUGGCCACGGUCAGUGUUCGAACACCCUCCCAAGAAGAUGCCGAACAGAUGGGAAUUCGAGAGUGGCCUCAGCAAGCCAAAUCGAAAGGAACCUUUGAAGAAUCCUGCACCGAAGGAAAUUCACUGACCCGUUAUGUGCUGGAUGGCACGUGCAGUGUGGAAGUAACGAGUGAAGAAGACGACGACGACAAGGAACAAUUUUCGCUGUCACCAGGGUCACUGUUGGAAGUGACGGGUCCAGCCAAUCUACGUUGGCAAGUAACUUCGCCAGAAAUGAUUUUGUUGACUCCUGGGUUUGAACAGUUGGGUCUUUUUGCUGGUGUAGCGGUUGGAUUGGUCGUUUUGUUGGGAGCUCUGAUUGCUCUGUCUUGAGGCUCCUCUACCCUCUUUUUGAAACAAUCCCUGCCAGUGUAGACGCUAAACACCAUACCAACUGCUACCAAUGAUAUUCCGCAAGCUACAAAAAUAAGAUUCGAUUCUAUGCAUAUGGUAGCAGAUUGUGACAUCAGCAGCAGCAAUACGUAGAUUGUUCGCAAGCUCACUCGUCUAUUCUGUGGAUUUAUAAAAGCUGAAGAACCCACAAUCUAGCUAGCUAGUAGUCCAGACAGCAUUAUCUGGGAAUGAAUUGUUCUGGUUGCACCAAGCCUUUAUAUUGCAUGGUUGCUAAACGCCUGUUCGUUUUUCCACAAGGAUCAGGUGGUAUCCAAACUGAUUCGAACGACAAACAAG